ACAAGCAAUUGUUGACAUAUUGAUAAAGCUUUUGACAAUUGUUUACACCCAUUGACAAUUGACAUUUUUCGAUUAUUUUGUGAAAAAACAAUUAGUGCUAAUCUUUAUUAUCUUAAUAGCUAUUUUAUGUUUAAAAAAUGUUUGUUAAUAUUAAAAAAACCAGUUCUAAUUGACAUUGACAGUGUACUUAACGUAAACAUUAAUUAACAAUAGUAUUUUACAAAUCUAAUUAUGAAGAUUGAGUUUAAUUAGUUGAGAAUAAAAUAUAAAUAUUUAAAAAAAUCAUGGAGACUACUGUUGAUUGUAGAAAUAAUCAGAGUUCUGGUGAACAAUCGAACAGUGAAAGUCCAGAUUCAGAACUUGAAUGUGUUGAUAUGCCAAUAUGUGCUCUUUGGUGGAGAGAAAAUACUGAUUUUGAAAUAAAUGAUGUUAAUAAUACAAACGACAUUGAGACUGUUGUAUUAGAUGAGUCUACUGACAACAGUGAUGAUUUAAUAGAACAAGUUGAUCCAAUAGAAAUUGAUAGUGAUAAAAAAUCAAGACCAAGAGACAGUGGACCUCGUGUUAAACAGCCAGAAAAUUGGAAAGUUAAUGUUAAAAAAAUUGCAAGACUGAAAGGAGAAGAAUACAUUGGCAAAGGAGGUAAAAUUGUUCCUGCAAAAUUAAUGGGACCACCUUGUGAUUGUCGUAUGUUGUGCAGUGAAAAAGUUAGUGAAAAAAUACGUAAUCAAUUGCAUGAAGUUUUUUGGAAAACAUGUAAUUGGGAACAACGUAAACAAUAUAUUGCAAUGUCAGUUAAAGAAUCACCAAAAAAACGUACACGGGUACCAGGAAAAAAAAAAGAAGAAACACGAAGACAAGUUACUUUGACAUAUUCAUUAAUUGUAGAUAAUGAAAAUAUAACUGUUUGUAAAACAAUGUUUCUUCGUACAUUUUCAUUGUCAGAAAAAUUUGUACGACAUGCUAUGGAAAAAAAACGUACAUCACCUGGUGGUAUUAUUGGUCCAGAUCAACGUGGUAGACAUACACCAAUUACAAAAAAAAGUGAAAAAGUUAAAAAUCUUGUUAGAGAACAUAUUAAUUCAUUUCCAACAGAUAAUAUACGAGAUAAAAAUGGUAAAAAAUAUUUAGAUAGUACAUUAAAUAUUGCAACAAUGCACAAACUUUAUGUUCAAAAAUCUAUAAAUGAUGGUGUACCAAGUUGUGAUAUUGUAAAAGAAAGUUACUAUCGUGAAAUGUUUAAAAAUGAAUUUAAUCUUGGUUUUAAACCAUUACCAGUUGCUAGGAACAAUAAAAAACCUCCAAAAAAAAUAAAAAGACUUAAUAAAAAACCUUCAGCUUCAUAAAAAAAAAAGGAUAAUUAAUUAGUUUUCAAAUAUGUACAUUAUUAAUAAUCAUCAAUUUAUCAUGAUAAUUAUAACGAUUCAUUAUAAUUUUGUAGAAUUAAACAAAUUAUUUAUUUUGAGAAUCAUCAUUAGAUUAAUUAAACAGUAAAAAAAAAAAAAAAAAA